AUGAAGUUGUUGUGGGUUCUCGUUUUUCUGGUUGGAGCCAGUAAGUUGCUUUACAUUUUUUUGAUUGGGCAUGGAUUUUGGGUCGUAUUUUUAAGGGAGGCGGGGUAAAGAAGCUUUUUUAUUUUGUGAGUUAAAAUUUUUGAAAAAAAAAUUUGAAAUUUAGAAAUUUUUUUUUUAUUUUUUAGGGGGAGGGGAGGGUAAAUUUUUUGGUUUUUAGGCUAGAAUUGGAAAAGUUGGCAUAAUUUUUUGUUACUUUGAGUUUUUGAAACUUUUAAUUUAAACUUGUGCUUAGGCUUACAUUUUUUAUUUCUAGCCGCAGUAGCAGCCAGAAGACAUGCUAGGGGUUUAUUACCUCGUCAAGAUCGUCAUACCCGAAUGAGUGAAGCUCGUCGUAAAGCUCGCGAUGAUAAAACAAAGUAUUCUGGACUCUUUGACGACAAACUUGUGGCCGAUGAUGCUCCAGACGACGAUGAUGAGAGUGAUCCACUCAGAUUCGGUCGAAGACUUCAAAGAGAAAGAAGACCAGAUCGCAUUGGUAGAAACCGUCACCGUCCCAAUGAUGGAACAAAGUAUUCUGGCCUGUUUGACCACAAACUUGUGGCUGAUGACGCUCCAGAUGAUGAUGAAAGUGAUCCACUCAGAUUUGGCAAGAAGCUUCAGUCUAGAUAUAGCCGUCGUCGUCACCAUAAAAUCAUGUUUAACGAUGCUCCAGAAGAUGACGAAGGUCCGGACCCGAUCAGAUUCGACCGGUCACUCAAAUCUGGCAGAAGACGACACCGCAUUGGUAUCCGACAUCACCGUGCUAUGGCCGACGAUGUUCCAGAUGAUGACGAAAGUGAUUAAGAUUUGGCAAGAAGCUUCAGUCCAGACAUCGCCGUCGUCACCGUCAUCAUCGCGUCAUGGCUGAUGAUGUUCCAGAUGACGAUGAAAGUGAUCCACUCAGAUUCGGUCGAAGACGUCUCCAGAAGCAUCGUCCGUCUCCCUACCGUCGUUGAGACAACGAAAGCGGCUAUUGCUUGA